CAUGCGCACAAGAUCAUGUUGUAAGACGCGGUCAGACAGCGGAGGAGACAAACGUUGGACCACAGUCACUUAAACUUUUAGUCUAGUCUUCUGUGAAUAUUUUAUAAGAUGGAUUUAGACAGCGGGACCUACGAGCCGGGGUUUGUUGGGAUCCGGUUUUGUCAAGAAUGUAAUAACAUGUUAUAUCCUAAAGAAGACAAAGAGAACCGCAUCCUGCUUUACGCGUGCAGAAAUUGUGACUACCAGCAAGAAGCAGACAACAGCUGUAUCUACGUCAACAAAAUCACUCAUGAAGUUGAUGAACUGACACAAAUCAUCGCAGAUGUAUCUCAGGACCCGACACUGCCGAGAACAGAGGACCACCCCUGUCCAAAGUGUGGACACAAGGAGGCAGUGUUCUUUCAGUCCCACAGUAUGAACGCUGAGGAUGCAAUGCGACUCUACUACGUGUGUACGGCUCCUCACUGUGGACACCGGUGGACAGAGUGAAGACGGACAGUUAUGGAAAUACCAAGCAUUUCCAAUUGUAGUGUUUAUUUGUAAAAAAAAAAAAAAAAAAAAAAAAAGCACCACCACUCUAUGCAGAGUUCAAUUAGAGGAAGUUUUAUUCCUACCAUGCCAGACAGAGUCCAACACAAACUCAUAAUAAUUUGCUGUAAAAAAAAAAAAAUCAUAAAAAUACAACGGGUUUAUGACAAAGCA